ACCUCAAACAAAACACAACUUCCAUUCGAUGCAAAGCGAUUGGUGCUAUCGUAACUUACAUACUCUGUGCCCUUUGGCUUAUAAUAGUCGGUUGGGUUCUUGUCCCUGAAACGCCCCAAUAUAUUCAAAACUCUAAAACCCUUUCUGUCCCCUCAUCUAUACAUACACAAUCCGUGUCUAUAUUGAUUAGAAAUGGCCUCAAGAAGAUCGCAGUUUCCACAAGUGGUGAUUGGGAGAGACUCAGACUCAGAAGAAAGCUUAUCAGAUGAAGAAGAAGAAUUUGUAGAAGAAGAAGACGACGAAGAGGUUGAAGAAGUUGAAGAAGAAGAAGAAGAUGAAGAGGUCGAAACAAAAGAUGAGGAGAAAACACAAGAGGGUUUGUCCGAAGACAACAAAGGAAAGGCGCCCAUUACUAUCAGUCUUAAAAAAGUUUGUAAAGUGUGUAAGAAAACAGGUCAUGAAGCAGGGUUUAAGGGGGCAACUUACAUUGAUUGUCCUAUGAAACCUUGUUUUCUCUGCAAAUUGCCGGGACAUACGACAAUCACCUGUCCUCAUCGAGUUGCCACUGAAUAUGGUGUUAUUCCAGCAACCCACAAAAAUACACAGAACGCCUUGGACUUCAUUUUUGAACGACAAUUGAGACCCAAAAUUACAAAGAUUAAACCAAAGCUUGUUAUACCAAAUUAUGUGACCGGUGCGGUAGUUAGAUACCAUAGCCGAAGGGUUACAUGCUUGGAAUUUCACCCAACUAAAUAUAACAUUAUUUUAUCUGGUGAUAAGAAAGGACAUCUUGGAGUUUGGGAUUUUAUCCGUGUGUGUGAAAAGACAGUUUAUCGGAACAUACAUAGUUGCAUACUCAAUCACAUGAAGUUCAAUCCGAGAAAUGACGGCACAGUAUAUGGAGCAUCCUCAGAUGGAACAAUCAGCUGUACAGACUUGGAGACAGGUCUUACAUCAUCAUUGAUGAACCUUAAUCCGAAUGGGUGGCAGGGCGCAAGCACAUGGAGGAUGCUCUACGGGCUGGAUGUAAAUCCAGAGAAUGGUCUUGUGCUUGUUGCAGAUAAUUUUGGAUAUCUUUACUCGGUUGAUAGCCGUUCUAAUAGCCAAGUUGGGGAGGCUGUCUUGAUUCAUAAAAGGGGAAGCAAAGUUACAGGGCUGCACUGCAAUCCUGUUCAGCCAAAUCUCCUCCUGAGUUGUGGAAAUGAUCACUUUGCUCGUUUAUGGGAUAUUCGCCGAUUGGAGGCUGGAUCUUCUUUGUAUCAGCUUUCACAUAAACGUGUAGUGAACUCAGCAUACUUUUCUCCACAGAGCGGCAGUAAAAUACUUACCACAUCGCAAGACAAUCGCAUUCGUGUAUGGGAUUCUAUUUUCGGGAAUCUGGAUUCUCCGAGUAGAGAAAUUGUACACAGUCAUGAUUUCAAUCGACAUUUGACCCCCUUCCGAGCUGAAUGGGAUCCAAAGGACCCUUCGGAGUCGGUUGCAGUUGUUGGACGUUACAUAAGUGAAAAUUACAGAGGACUUGCUGCACUGCAUCCUGUUGAUUAUAUUAACACCAGCACGGGGCAACUGAUUGCUGCGGUCAUGGACCCCAACAUCAUGACUAUAAGCCCUGUGAACAAGCUGCAUCCUCAGUAUGAUAUUCUGGCAUCUGGCAGCUCAAGGUCAAUAUACAUCUGGAAGCCUGACAAGGAUUCGUCCGAGUUCAUCGAGCAGAAAGUUAAAAAGAAUAUCCUUCUUUGUGGUAAGGCUGAAAAGAAAAGGAAGUCCAAGGGCGACGGUGAUGAGUCAGAUGAUGACAUCUCGAAAGCUAAGAAGAGCAUCAAGUCCGCAAAAACGAAGACGAAAGCAAACUCAAUAGUCCUAAAGGCCAAGGACAAGUGUUGAGCUUGCCCUAAAGUUUUUCAGCUUUUGUGUAGCUGUGAAUGUAGUUACAUAGUGGCACUGCACUCGAGCUCCUAGUCUCCUGCGCGGUGCUGAGCAGUAUAGCAUGGGUCUUUACAUUUUUGCACCUCCGGCAUUUCAGAUAGGGUUGCCUGUGAGAUAUUUAAUGAUGCAGAUGUAAUUUGUCUUUUUACAUAUCUGCAUUGUUAGGUAUUUAAAUGGCUUGCAAGUUGUGACACAAUUGCUUUGAACCUUUUGGUAUGCUAAUGUUUGUUCGUUUUUUCA